UUUGUUUCAGGUUACACAAAUCUAUAUAAUGGUAAACCAAUACACAUAAAAAACAUUAUUUCUUUGCGAAUAAAUAAUAUUCAUAAAAAAUAAAGGGUUUUCCCAUGACAUAACCAACGUCCAUUAAGUCCUUUUAAUAUUCGUUCUUAAAACCCUUUCCAGAAAUCCGUUUUCCUUGUCUGUUUUAUCAUUUGUCCGUUUGUUAAUCUUUCCUUUUGUCUGUCAGCAAUUUGUCCGUAAGUCUGUCCGUUAAUCUUUCCGACAGUCUGUUUGUUAAUCUGUACAUCGAUCUGUCUGUCAGUCUGUUAUUAAUCAGUUCAAGGGACUGUCCUCUAAUAUGUGAAUCAAUCUGUCCGUUACUCUAUCUGUCAGUUUCGUCCGUUCAUAUGUAAGGCAGUUUAUAAUGGUAUCGGGCCAUUUUUUUUAAGUUUUAGCAUAAAGUCUUUUCAGGAUAUAAGCCAUCGAACACAAACAUUUAUAUAUGAACUCCUUCUUUCCAUUAUAAUUACACUUGUCGUUACAGAAAUAGUUCACCAGCAUAACCGGAUUAAAGUUGCAUCUUAAUUAUUUGUAUAUUUAACAACAAUUUAAAUAUUCAUCCAUCAAACAAAACAACUUGCAUUUGGGCAAAGGAGCUUCCUCGUGCUUAUAAUAAUGAUUAAUGCAAUUUUAUUAGUUGACUUUUAACGCAUAAAUGUAGGCUUUUUAGUAAUGGGGUUUGUUAAAUAAAUAAAAUGGGAUAAACUUGGUAAGUAAUCACCGAUUUCGAACAGUUGGAGAUUAAAGCGUCAAAUUUUGCACUUUAGCAGGGACAGAUAUAAAUUUUGGGGCAAGUAGUAUUAUACACAUCAUUGGGUUGACAUCUUUUGGAUUCGGAUGCUUGCUAAGAUGUAGUUCUUCUUAAUAGUUGCACUUAUUUAUUUAACGAAAUAAAAGACCUAUCCAAUUUUUAUUUAGCAACAUAGACAUAAAAGAGAUCAUUUUUGUAUUAUUGCAUUCAUUAUAAUUUAAACUAGAGUUCUUAAAAUACAAGACUUGUUAGAAGCCCUUCUAAAAAGAGAAGAGAAAUAGGAUCAUUAGAAAGGUUUUUUCAAAGGACCUCGGGUUUCUUCUGGUAGUGGAAUUAAUUAGAAAUGAAAAAAGUAACAGAAUGGUAGAACAGUUUCGUCCAUAUUUCUCAAUAAAAUAGAUUUGUCCUUAACGAUUAUAAAUUUCAGUGUUCAAAACAUGCAUCGGAUACAUGAGGACGAAUAUUCUGAGGACGUAAAGGACUCCGACUUUAAGGGCUCUAUUCAGAAGGAAAUAUCAGUAAAAUCGCGCCACCAAAUUUCCAUACCAGAUAUUUGCACAGAUGCAGUUAAGAAUAACUGUUUUCCGCAGACGGGUUUUUUGAACAGCUCGAUCGCCUUUGCAUCCCAUGUGGUUAAGUGCAGCUCCCCGGCCUCGAGCAUUGAUGAAUCCUCGUCGACGGCCCAGCACGAAGCCAAUCCCCACAUGCACAUACAGGGCCAACAUAUGAUGGCUCCAGUGCCCGAUCUCGGUUUCUACAAUGUUCCCGAGUUCAUUUCGGAACAGGAGAAGCUUAUGUUUUCCGAUGCCGAAAGGUUUUUGAGGACAAAGGAUAACGAAGUAUGCAGCAAUGACUUUAGCUACAUGCAUGAUGAAUUCGCCAUGCGCAAGUACUAUCAUCCUCUAUUUGCGCAUGGCAUUUGUCGCUGGCCCGGUUGCGAAAUGGACCUGGAAGAUAUCACAUCAUUUGUCAAGCAUCUCAAUACUGAACACGGAUUGGAUGAUCGAUCAACCGCUCAAGCCCGAGUUCAAAUGCAAGUAGUUUCUCAGCUAGAAUCCCACCUCCAAAAAGAAAGAGAUCGCUUGCAGGCAAUGAUGCAUCACUUAUAUCUGUCUAAGCAACUUUUAUCACCCACCAAAAUCGAUAGAAAGGACGUACCCGGCAGAGAGGGAAAGUUUUGCAGAAGUCCGCUCACAAUAAACAGCAUAGGUCGACCUAUCCGCCAAACAAAUUCUCCCAGCUCUCUUAAUCUACCAAUGGUUAACUCCACCAACCUAUGCUCUAUCAAAAAAAGAAGCCACGACAAAAACUCAUUUUCAAUUAAUGGUGGAUUGCCUUAUAUGCUUGAAAGAGCUGGACUUGAUGUACAGCAGGAAAUUCAUCGGAACAGAGAAUUUUACAAAAAUGCUGAUGUACGACCCCCUUUCACUUAUGCGUCCCUUAUAAGACAGUCCAUAAUCGACUCUCCAGACAAGCAGCUUACCCUCAACGAAAUAUAUAAUUGGUUCCAAAACACGUUUUGUUACUUUCGACGGAAUGCAGCUACGUGGAAGAACGCAAUCCGUACAAACCUAUCCUUGCACAAGUGCUUUGUACGAUAUGAGGAUGACUUUGGCUCGUUUUGGAUGGUCGACGACAAUGAGUUUGUCAAAAGGCGGCACUUGUCUAGAGGGCGGCCCCGGAAAUACGACCCAUCCUCCUCCCCAAACUCCUGCCAAUCUGGCAAUGGAGUGUCCACCGACAAAAAUCCCUGCGACAAUUGUCCCCAACACUGCUCGAGUAUGCCCCCGGGGGCAGAGAAUCCCCUAGAUUCGGGAAAUCCAAAUGAUAUGGGGCGAAUGGGUUGUCUUCCUUUUUGCGGUAGUGAUGGUUUAAGCAAGACGUCUAAGGACUAUAGCAAUAUGGAUUCGGGUCUGGUCGAAAGUAACAGCCAUUUAACAAUGGAUGAAUACUCCACUCAUAUGUACGAAAGUAGUGCCAAUGAGCUUAAUCGAUAAAUGUAUCAUUAAAAGUAUUUAUUUAGAUGCAUUGUCGGGAUAACUCAAUUUUUUAGGUUAAAAGGUUCGGAUUCGGAAAUUAUACUUGUAAAUAUACAUAGAAAUAAGUAUAAUUUCUUAAAAAGAAACGAUGAAGCUACUACUUUUAAAAAUAAAUUACGCUAAAGGCAAUAUUAAAAUAUUGAAGAACAAUUAACUUUUAAAUUAUGCUUUAAUUAAUAAACAACUUAAAUUUAAUUUAAAAAGGCAAUAUGAAGUUUUUAGCCACUCAAUUAAACAAUUUUUGAUCUGUUCCUCGAUGUGUACAAACUGAAGUAAGUUCUUGUGUCAAGAAAUUGGACUCUUGGCUUUGGUAAGACUACAUUUUUCUCAUUUCUUAUCUGCUGAAAUCCUAGUUGAUCACAUUUUCGAAAGUUUUCUUAAUAAUUUCUUGUUUUUUUUCAGAUUUUUAGAGAAACUGAUA